UGAUCACAGAGCCAGAUGGGAUCAAUGAAACCUAUUUACCAGAAGUUCAGAGCAGUUGCAUAACGCAAUAGGCAGCCAGGGGAGAAAAAUGCACCAGAUUUACAGCUGCAGUGACGAAAAUUUAGAAGUCUUCACUGUGAUUUCUACCAAAUCACGUAGCCCAGUCAGAAGAAAAGCCAAAAGUACCCAGUGCAUCCUACCAAAAAAGGUGAUAGCAGUGUCUGACUAUCGUCUUCAAGGGACAGAGGAGCUGCUAUGGCACCAAGGUGAUCUCAUUCAAACCUUCUGUAAAGAUGAAGAUGGGCAGGGAUUCAGUCAUGUGCAGAACAGGCAGCAAAGAUUAUUCUCUAGUCUUACCAAAUGUCCUGCAACACACACUGGAAUUUCUAAACAAAAGUCAUUCUGCUACAGCAGUAACCAGUCAGAUGCCAAGACUUUGCAGACUCAGGCAUCCCCAGUCUCUCGUCACAAUGUAAAGUGGCUUGGAGCCACAGAACCAGCAAUGAGGGAUGGUGUUGUUGCAAAAGAGCAUGGAAGGCCCUUGCAGAAAAAUACUGAAGAUGACAUAAGCCCAACUCAAGGAACUAAGGCCUCUUUACCUUUGACAGGUGGCACUUCGCAUAGCACACUGAGCCUCCUGCAGAAGAUAUGGAUCAAACAUAAAAAAAAGUCAGAAUAUUUGGGGGCCACAAACAGUGCCUUUGAGGCAGACUGAUAAUCCUCAGUCUUCCUUGUGCAGGCAGAGGUUCCUUGAACAAAGGACAAAAUGCUAUCACAUUUACCUGAUAAUGGAUGUAGUGCAGCUCACUUAUCCAAGGAAAUAACGCUUACAGAAUUCACAGAGAAAAAAAAGAUUUGUUGUUUGUACUAUGCAAACAACUCAGGUCAAGUAUUUUGCACAUAUUUCUGAAAUGGAGUGAACUUGUUAAUAGAUUCGACUGGGAUUACUGCAUCGACUCAACAUUUCUUAUUCCAUCCUGGUGGAUCUGGAUUUGUUAGGAAAAGGCAUAGAGAGGUUACUCUCAACAGGUCUCAUGUCAUCUACACUGUGCCGUUUCAAGUACAAGUCCUGCAGUUUGUCAUGCAAGGAUACUCCUGAAAAUUAUUUCUUUCAGUCAGUGAUUUCCAGACUCUACUUUCAGAAUCAGCAUCAACUUGUUUGGUGAGGAACCCUUGAGCAUUGCAGAGGAUUCUGGGAAGUAUUAUAGAGCAAACAUUCAGUUCACCCGAUGCACUGCCCAGACCUAUUAGGCCUUACUGUUGCAUUUGAACAGAGAGUAUAUCCUUGGACAAUCAUAAUGGAACCUGUGGCCCUCCAGCUGUUGCUGGACUCUUGCUCCCAUCAGCCCAGAAUGGCUAAUGAUCAGGGAUGAUGGGAGUUGUAGUCCAGCAACAUCUGGAGGACCACAGGCUCCCUACUCCUGCCAUGUCACAAGCUCAACACUCCCCUACAGUUGCAUAUGGGAAAGCUCAGUAGUGAUGUUGGUCAAUUUGCCUUUCCGAAAACCUUGUUUUCUAUUCGUGAUCUUCUCAACUGCCCUCCUCCUCUCUCUCUCUCACACACACACAUAACACGCUAUAAACCUCCACAAACUCUUGGGUUCUUUAGAACACAUUUUGAGAACUGUUGCUCUAAAUUGUGCCCAGUUUCCAGGGCUGGCCCAAGACAUUUUACUGCCUGAGGCAAAGGACAAGAUAGUGUCCCUUCUACCUAUCCCCCCCCCAUUCCAAGUACAGAAGCCACUGGUGGCAGUUGAAUCUUACAUCAACACUGAUGACAGGAAAGCAUCUUCCUGAGGGCAGCAGGCUACCUUAGGAGACUUAAGGUAGCCUAUGUGGCAUACACACAGCUAUCUCUUCCAACAUUCACUCACCGCUCUGCCUAGUACUAAAUAAACUGACUAUGACUAGCACUAGCUUGCUGCCAACUCCAAUAAAUGCUGCAAUGCCACAGUGGCAAUGUCAUCAUCCAUCAUGAGAGCAGAGCAACGCAUGUACAUAUAUGGUACCUAGCAGACUAUCUAGCCUGGGCUGGCUGCCCUCGCUGCCUGUUUGCUUGGUCAAGGACCUUUCUCAGUGCUGCUGUCUGUGAUGCAUAGGAAGAAGGCAACUACGUAAGACAGACAGCCCAGGCCAGCAACCAGCAACCAUCACAAUGCACUGCUUGGUUCAUGAGGAUGGAAACGACCAGCCGAAUGGCUGCCGCUACUGCUCCCUAGCAUCCUCCAGCUGAGGCAGCUGCCUUACUCUGGUCUAAUAGUAGGGCCAGGUUUGUUUGUUUUUCCUCAGAUUUUUUUAAAAAGUUAAAAAUGACAAAAACCAGUCUGUGCAGUCAUGGAUGUACACUCACAUCCAAAACUCUCUGCUGCCGGAAAUCAACUAAAUUCAGUGGGGAAAAAUGCAUCAGUGGCUAGUUAGCAGGAAAACCUCUCAUGUUCAGAAGUCCCUACCUUAGCUUUUGGUUAUAUAUGAUACAAUGGCUUUAAACAGUUUUUAGGUGGGGCAGUGCACAUUAUUGUAUAUUUUACCUAACAACUGCUGUAUUUUAAAACGUGUUUUCUUCUAAUUUAUUUAAUUUAUAACUCAGAGAUAUCCA